AAAAAACCGAACCCCUCGAGGCGGCGUAAGAGAGAGUGAAAGAGAGUUAAACGAAACCAAAGUGAGAACCAUAGGCGAAGUGGGUAGAAAAGGAAUAGGAUUAGAAGAAUCGAAGUAGUAAGAGGAAUGGCGUGUCACUCUGUUAUUUCAUCUUCUCUUCGAAUAACAAAUUCAAUGGCCAUGAAGGGUGUCCUUUCCUUCGCACCCACCCCACCUCUGUUCCAUCGUCUCACUAAAGCCUUCACCUUUGUUACGUUUCGUGCUUCCACUAAACCCCCCACUAAGUCAUUUCAAGUGAGAUCGGUGGCUUCUCCCACAGAAGCUGUGUCAGGGUUUGAUGACAUGGUUUCUGGCACUGAGAGGAAGUACUACAUGCUUGGUGGGAAAGGGGGGGUAGGGAAGACAAGCUGUGCUGCUUCUCUUGCUGUUAAAUUUGCCAAUAAUGGACACCCCACUCUUGUGGUUUCCACUGAUCCUGCGCAUUCUUUGAGUGAUUCUUUUGCUCAGGAUUUGACAGGAGGCACAUUGGUGCCAGUGGAAGGACCUGAUUAUCCACUUUUUGCUCUCGAAAUAAACCCUGAGAACGCUAGGGAAGAGUUUCGAAAUGCCACUAAAAAAAAUGGUGGAACUGGUGUCAAAGACUUCAUGGAUGGCAUGGGACUUGGAAUGAUUGUAGACCAGUUGGGAGAGCUCAAACUGGGAGAAUUACUGGAUACACCCCCUCCUGGACUGGAUGAAGCUAUUGCGAUUGCCAAGGUUAUGCAAUUUCUUGAAUCACAGGAAUAUAGCAUGUUUACUCGAAUAGUAUUUGAUACAGCACCUACGGGCCAUACACUACGAUUGUUGUCCUUGCCUGAUUUCUUGGAUGCAUCCAUCGGUAAGAUACUGAAGCUAAGACAAAAGAUAGCUUCUGCUACCUCAGCAAUUAAAUCCGUGUUUGGGCAAGAAGGAACUCAACCAGAUGCGGCUGACAAAUUGGAGAAGCUAAGGGAGAGGAUGAUAAAAGUGCGUGAGCUCUUUCGUGACACUGAUUCGACAGAAUUUGUCAUUGUUACAAUCCCCACGGUCAUGGCAGUUAGUGAGUCCUCCAGAUUGAGUGCUUCCUUGAAGAAGGAAAAUGUUCCUGUGAAGAGACUAAUUGUCAAUCAGAUUCUUCCACCAUCUGCAUCCGAUUGCAAGUUUUGUGCUGUGAAAAGAAAGGAUCAAAUGCGUGCCCUUGAUAUAAUUCAGAAUGAUCCAGAACUCUCUAGUUUAGUGCUGAUCCAGGCACCACUUGUUGAUGUUGAAAUAAGAGGCGUUCCAGCUCUAAGAUUUCUGGGUGACAUGAUUUGGAAAUGACCAUCGCACAGAUGCUCAAAUAAUGAUUAGGUUAAUUUAGCAAUUUACUGAAGCUGGCAGUUGAAACAUAGACUCACGGCAUGAGAUUAAGGCGUAUCAGAUUUAUAUAGUGAAGCAGCUGAUAUUUCAGAAUCGGUGCUGGCAGUCCUUAAAGAGGCCCCGGCUUUCAAUAUUUACAAAGCUAGAGUUUCGAAAAACCAGAAAAUCUUUUUUUUUUCCUCACAUUAUAAAUAUUAUCAUUGUAAAUUUCUUGAUUCAGUAUCUGUGUCUUUACUAUUUUAGUUCUCACCGCUAUUUUUUUUGGGCUACACUUGGAUCUUAAGGUUCGAUUUUGUUGAAGCUGAAUUUAUCACAUCUAACAUCAUGAUGUUAACCGUAACUUGCAUAUUUAGGUCAAUAUUAACCAAUUUUAGCU